AUCGCUCUCAGAGGAGCCUGGUGAAGGGACAGUGCAACCACCAUCCUCCGCUCCUGCUCUUCAGGGACAGGCUGUCCCUCGGUGGAUGUGGCACGAUGGCAGCAAAGAAGAAUCAGCCUCUGCAGAAUGGAAGUGCCAAGGAGAACGUGGUGCAGAGGGUCCUGCAGCUGCCCGUGGUGAGCUCGACCUGCGAGAGCCUGCAGCGGACAUAUGCCAGCACGAAGGAGGCGCACCCGCUCGUGGCCUCGGUGUGUGAGGUGUACGAGCGCGGCGUGCAGGGCGCCGGCGCCUUGGCCAUGUGGAGCGUGGAGCCCGUGGUGCGCAGGCUGGAGCCUCAGUUCGCUGUGGCUAACAACUUGGCUUGCCGGGGCUUGGACCACCUGGAGGAGAAGAUUCCUGCCCUGCAGUAUCCCGUCGACAAGCUCGCAUCUGAACUGAAGGACAGCAUCUCCUCCCCCCUCCAAAGUGCCAAAAGCACCAUUGGCAACUCCGUGGACAAGAUCAAGGAGCUGGCAGCGGAGGGCUACGAGGUCACCAAGAGCACGGUAGAAACAACAGCAAAGUACACAAGGAGGAACUCAGUGAGCCAGAUGGCAGCUGCGGGGGUUGACACGGCCCUGGGAGGGCUGGAGAAGCUGAUGGAGUACCUGCUGCCAGAGGAGGAUGAAGAACCAGAUCACAAGCCCAAAGGGACACGUGGGUCAGCAGCAAAGGUCUCCCAGCAGCAGCCCAGCGCUCCCAGCGCUCCCAGUGCUCCCAGUGCUCCCAGCACCCUGGGCCGGAUCGGCGCCUUGGUUAGCACUGCCUCCCACCGUGCUUACCAGCAAACCACCCAAGGCCUCCAGCGUGCCAAGGCCAAAGGGCAGGAGCUGGCCACCUGGAUCCCUGUUCUGGGCAGCCUGGCCAAGCCAAGCACAGCUGAGGCGCCGCGGGUCGCCGGCGAUGGGCAGAGCACGGCGGGCAGCUGGCUGAGCCGGCGGUACAGCAACAUGCUGGAGCUGAGGCAGGAGAAGGCGGGAAAGAAAGCUGACAGCCACGCCAAGGCGGGGGCUGAGCCGGGGCUGGUGGGCAGCGUGGCACACAACCUGCACAGCGCCUGCGCCUCCGGCAUCUCCAGCGUGAAGAAGGUCCCGGCCGUGGCCUGGGACGCGGCGGAGGGGUUGAUCCUCUUCACCCCUCGCAGGCUCUCCAAGGCCAUGGAGACGGUGGAUGCUCUUGGGGGGACCCUCGUCAGUGCCCCCAAGCAUCUGCUGGGCACCCUGUACAGCUACGUGCCGCUCCGCAGGCAGUCAGUGAAGGAAGAGCAGGCAGCCAAGGACAGCAAGCCCAGCCCCAAGGCGGAGCAGAAGGAGGAGGAGAAUGCCAAACCUGACACCCCCUCCACUGAGGAGAAAUCCCAGCUGAGGGGCGACUGGCGGCUGUACCGUGGCCAUCACCCCCUCUCCUUCCUGGGGCUCGAGGACCCGCUCUUCCUGCGGCACAACCUCUACCGCAGCUCUCCCUUCGAGCCCGAGUGCCCCCUCCCACGGAAAUCCGCCUUCUCCCCCUACAACAGGCGGGUCAGUGAGGGCUCCUACCGCUUCAGCCCCGAGGCCAUGUACAGCCGGGCUUACUACAGCAACCUCUACAGUCCUGCCUACAGGAAGGAUUUCUGAGAUGGCAGGGGGGACAAGUGCCUCCCAGCCCCGCUCUUUUUCCCCCAGCACGCUUUGCCCAGGCCCCCGCCAGCCACCUGCACACACCCCUGUAUUGGGACAGGAGCUCAAAGUGGUAGACAAGCCAUGGGAUGUCUUCUUAUGGAGUGUAUGGGGCCCAGAUGGGGAAAUGAAGGCAGCCAAAAGCCCUGUUGUGGAAGGAGAAGAUAGGGUGAGGUGAGAUCUGAGAGGACCAAAGAGGCAAAGCAGAUGUGGAAAAAAUGGUGAGAACAGAAAUAAAGGGGCCAGCCAGGCCUGGCACUGGGCUGCCCUAGUCCCCACUGAGCAGAUGGCAUGGACUUAGGUGUGCCACAUGUUGAGAACAGUGCUGAGACAGUGCAGGGAGGAUAACAAAACCAUCGAAUAUCACCAUAGCAAGCGUGGUUUCCCAUCCUUCCUCUCACCAUCCCACUCACAGGGCACAUCCCUGGCCACAGAUUGCUCCUCCACACAGGAGCUGAAGGUCCCCACCUUCAGUGGGCCUCACAAACCCAUGGGCACCCACCCCUAGGUGAUGGUGGGAGGGGUGGUGGGGUCAGGAAGAAAACUGGUGAGAACAAGUGGAGCUCCUGCAGCCCCUCUCUCCCGCCUGCCUUCCCUCAACACCUUCCUGUAGCCGCUGCAAUAAUAAACCUUCCCAAGCUGCUGCCCGCCCCGU